GAGAGCAAACUACCAGCGCAGUGGGGCCGGCGCGAGUGUGCGUGCGUGUGUGUGCGUGUGUGUGCGAGAGAGAGCGAGCGCGGUGAGAGGGGGGACCAACUGCUUCACACUUUCAACACUGCACUGAAGAGGGAGAGAGAGAGACUGGAGACGCACAGAUCCCCCCAAGAUCUCCCAAAGCUACCGUCCCACAGAUUAUAGAACAGAACCCCAAAAAUCGAAACAGAGGAAACGGACAGCGGUUGAACAUGGACGAAGGAAUUCCUCAUUUACAAGAGAGACAGUUACUGGAACAUAGAGAUUUUAUAGGACUGGACUAUUCUUCUUUGUAUAUGUGUAAACCCAAAAGGAGCAUGAAGCGAGACGACAGCAAGGAUACCUACAAAUUACCGCACAGAUUAAUAGAAAAGAAAAGAAGAGACCGAAUUAAUGAAUGCAUUGCUCAGCUGAAAGAUUUACUGCCUGAACAUCUGAAGUUGACAACUCUGGGGCAUCUGGAGAAAGCGGUAGUCUUGGAACUAACUUUGAAACACUUAAAAGCUUUAACAGCCUUAACCGAGCAGCAGCAUCAGAAGAUAAUUGCUUUACAGAAUGGGGAGCGAUCUCUGAAAUCGCCCAUUCAGUCCGACUUGGAUGCGUUCCACUCGGGAUUUCAAACAUGCGCCAAAGAAGUCUUGCAAUACCUCUCCCGGUUUGAGAGCUGGACGCCCAGGGAACCGCGGUGUGUCCAGCUGAUCAACCACUUGCACGCCGUGGCCGCCCAGUUCUUGCCCACUCCCCAGCUGUUGACUCAACAGGUCCCUCUGAGCAAAGGCACCGGCGCGCCCUCGGCCGCCGCCCCCGCCGGCUCCGCGGCCGCCCCCUGCCUGGAGCGCGCGGGGCAGAAGCUGGAGCCCCUCGCCCACUGCGUGCCGGUCAUCCAGCGGACUCAGCCCAGCGCCGAGCUCGCCGCCGAGAACGACACGGACACCGACAGCGGCUACGGCGGCGAGGCCGAGGCCCGGCCGGACCGUGAGAAGAGCAAAGGCGCGGGGGCGAGCCGCCUCACCAUCAAGCAGGAGCCCCCCGGGGAAGACUCGCCGGCGCCCAAGAGGAUGAAGCUGGAUUCCCGGGGCGGCCCGGGGGGCGGCGCGGCGGCGGCGGCGGCCGCGCUCCUGGGGCCCGACCCGGCCGCCGCUGCCGCGCUGCUGAGACCCGACGCCGCCCUGCUCAGCUCGCUGGUGGCGUUCGGCGGAGGCGGGGGCGCGCCCUUCGCGCAGCCCGCGGCCGCCGCGGCCCCCUUCUGCCUGCCCUUCUACUUCCUCUCGCCUUCGGCGGCCGCCGCCUACGUGCAGCCCUUCCUGGACAAGAGCGGCCUGGAGAAGUACCUGUACCCGGCGGCGGCCGCCGCCCCGUUCCCGCUGCUCUACCCCGGCAUCCCCGCCCCGGCUGCCGCCGCCGCCGCCGCCGCCGCUGCCGCCGCCGCCGCCGCUUUCCCCUGCCUGUCCUCAGUAUUGUCGCCCCCUCCCGAGAAGGCGGGCGCCGCCGCCGCGACCCUCCUGCCGCACGAGGUGGCGCCCCCUGGGGCGCUGCACCCCCCGCACCCGCACGGCCGCACCCACCUGCCCUUCGCCGGCCCCCGCGAACCCGGGAACCCGGAGAGCUCUGCUCAGGAAGAUCCCUCGCAGCCAGGAAAGGAAACCCCCUGAAUCCUUGCGUCCCUUUCUUCGAAAGGACAAGGGUUCACUCGGAAUAAUAAUAUUACUAAGUUACAACGCCCUUAACGUUUUUAAGGGAGGAAGUGUAAUAGAUGCACGACAGGCUUUUUUUUAAAAAAGAAAAACACAGGUGUUUUGUGUA